AUGAACUUCGAGGAAAUCGAGGACCAGGAUGGAAUCCGCUUCUCCUUCAACGCCUGGCCAGCCUCGCGCAUCGAGGCCACCCGCACCGUCGUCCCCAUCGCCGCACUCUACACCCCUCUCAAAGAACGCGAGGACCUACCCUUGAUUUACUACGAGCCCGUCACCUGCAAACAGCACACCUGCGGUGCCAUCCUCAACCCUUACUGUCAAAUCGAUCCUCGUGGAAAGCUCUGGAUUUGCCCGUUCUGCUUGCACCGCAACCAGUUCCCUGCUCACUACCGCGACAUCUCCAACACCAACCUCCCUGCAGAGUUGCUCGCCAAACACACAACCAUCGAGUACACUUUGGCCAGAAGCGCCCAGGUCCCUCCAAUCUUCUUGUAUGUCGUCGACACCUGCGUUGACGAGGAUGAUCUCAAGGCACUGAAGGACUCGCUUGUUGUCUCCCUGAGUUUGCUCCCUCCGCACGCUCUCGUUGGUUUGAUCACCUACGGCACCAUGACACAAGUCCACGAGUUGGGUUACAGCGAAUGCCCCAAGUCGUAUGUCUUCCGUGGAAACAAGGAUUAUACCAGCAAGCAGAUUCAGGACAUGCUUGGACUCUCUGCCCAGGCUGCUCGACCCCAACAACCCGUUCACCCUGGACAGCCUGCACCCUUCGUUCCCAGCGGCAACUCUCGCUUCUUGCUCCCCGUCCAGCAAUGCGAAUACACUCUCUCAUCUAUCUUGGAGCAGCUUCAGCGUGACCCCUGGCCCGUUGCUACCGAUAAGCGUCCUCAGCGCUGCACAGGUGUUGCCAUGAGUGUUGCUGUCGGACUUUUGGAGGCCACCUACCAGAACAACGGUGGACGCGUUAUGCUCUUUGUCGGGGGUGCUGCUACUGAAGGCCCUGGAAUGGUCGUCGGAACCGAUCUUAAGGAGCCCCUUCGCUCCCAUCACGACAUUGAGAAGGAGAACGUCAAGCACUACAAGAAGGCCUCCAAGUUCUACGAAGGAUUGGCCAAGCGUGCCUCUACGAAUGGACACGUCAUUGAUAUUUUUGCAGGAUGCUUGGAUCAGGUCGGACUCUUAGAGAUGAAGUCCAUGGUCAACUCAACGGGCGGAUUUAUGAUCUUGUCAGAUUCCUUCACCACUUUGAUUUUCAAGCAGAGUUUCCAAAAGAUGUUUGAGAAGGACGCUGAGGGCAACCUCAAGAUGGGCUUCAACGCCACCUUGGCCGUUCAGACCACGAAGGAGUUGAAGAUUUGCGGACUGAUUGGACACGCAGUGUCGGCGAACAAGAAGACUGCCUCUGUUGGAGAGACGGAGAUCGGAAUCGGCAACACGUCGGCAUGGAAGAUGUGCAGUGUUACUCCAAAGACGACAAACGGUAUCUACUUCGAGGUUGUCAACCAGCAGGGCCAGUCUCUUCAACCCGGCUCUCGUGGCCUUAUCCAGUUUGUCACCCACUACCAGCACUCCAGCGGCCACUUCAAGCUCCGCGUCACCACCGUUGCUCGCAGCUGGGCUGAGGGUAACAGCCCCAUUAUCGGUCAGUCGUUUGACCAAGAGACUGCCGCUGUUCUGAUGGCCCGUAUUGCCGUUUUCAAGGCCGAGAUUGACGAUGGUCCCGAUGUUUUGCGCUGGUUGGACAGGAUGUUGAUUCGUCUCUGCCAAAAGUUUGCCGACUACCGCAAGGACGAACCUCAGUCUUUCCGCCUCACUGAGAACUUCUCGAUCUACCCCCAGUUCAUGUUCCAUCUCCGUCGCUCCCAGUUCUUGCAGGUCUUCAACAACUCUCCUGACGAGACUGCCUACAACCGUCACAUCUUGAACCGCGAGGACGUCAACAAUUCGCUGAUCAUGAUCCAGCCUACGCUCAUGUCGUACGGCUUCGAUGGCGAGCCCCAGCCCGUUUUGUUGGACAGUGUUUCUGUCAAACCCGACUCAAUCUUGCUCUUGGACACCUUCUUCUACAUCUUGAUCUUCCACGGAGAGACCAUUGCCGCCUGGAGAAAGGCAGGAUACCAGGACCAGCCCGGAUAUGAGAAUUUCAAGGAGCUCCUGGAGGCGCCAGUGGUCAGUUCUCAGGAGUUGUUGACAGAAAGAUUCCCCAUUCCCCGUUAUAUUGUCUGUGACCAGAACGGAUCCCAGGCCCGUUUCUUGUUGUCCAAGUUGAACCCCUCGACCACCCAUGUCUCUGGAGGACAGUAUGGUGGCCCACCUGCUGGUCAGGCCAUCUUUACCGAUGAUGUUUCACUCCAGGUCUUCAUGGAGUACCUCAAGAAGUAA